AAAUACACGACACUACCAUUACCAACUACACUUCCACUUUCCAGAUUCAGAUCAUAGUAAUUUCAAUCAUUAAAUUAUUAAACUUCAUAUUCAUCAUUAUUAUUUCAUUUAAUAUAACUAUAUAUCAUUAAUUAUUAAUUUCACAAAACCCCCCAAAUAUUGACUUAACAACACAAAAACUUCAUAUGCAUGUCGAUGUAGAUCAAACACACAAGAACCAAACUUCUCACAUUUGAAUCCAACCCAUUUCAUAUCUAACCUUGAAAUCAAGCUACAAUGAAAAAAGUUUGGAUUUUGAUGAUGAUAAUAAUGAUGGGUCAUAUUGAUGUCACAAAAGGGGCAAAGAAGGUAUCAUGGAAGGUACACACACUGUUUUCUGUUGAAUGUCAGAAUUACUUUGAUUGGCAAACUGUUGGUUUGAUGAAUAGUUAUAGGAAAGCUAAACAACCUGGUCCUAUUACAAGGCUUCUUAGUUGUACUGAUGAAGAGAAGAAGAAUUAUAAAGGGAUGCAUUUGGCUCCUACUUUUCAAGUUCCUUCUAUGAGUAGACAUCCCAAAACUGGUGAUUGGUACCCUGCCAUAAACAAACCUGCCGGGGUAGUACACUGGCUUAAACAUAGCAAGGAUGCAAAAAAUGUUGAUUGGGUUCUCAUUCUAGAUGCAGACAUGAUUAUCCGUGGCCCAAUUUUACCUUGGGAACUUGGUGCAGAGAAAGGAAAACCUGUUGCAGCAUACUAUGGGUACUUAAAAGGCUGUGACAAUAUAUUGGCUAAACUCCACACGAAAAAUCCAGAUCUGUGUGACAAAGUUGGCGGGCUAUUGGCCUUUCAUAUCAGUGACCUGCGACGAUUCGCCCCCUUGUGGCUGUCUAAAACAGAAGAAGUACGGGAAGAUAAGGAACACUGGGCAACAAACAUAACUGGAGACAUCUAUGGGAAAGGAUGGAUCAGUGAGAUGUACGGAUACUCUUUUGGUGCUGCAGAAAUAGGACUUCGGCACAAGAUCAAUGAUAACUUGAUGCUCUAUCCAGGUUAUGUCCCUCGUGAGGGAAUUGAACCGGUUCUUCUUCACUACGGGCUGCCAUUUAGUGUAGGGAAUUGGUCAUUUAAUAAACUCGCUCACCAUGAUGAUGGAAUUGUUUAUGAAUGCAACCGGCUCUUUCCAGAACCUCCUUAUCCCAAAGAGGUAUUACAGUUGGAACUUGACGCUAACCGAAGGCGAGGACUAUUUAUUAGCAUAGAGUGCAUAAACAUUAUAAAUGAAGGUCUUCUAUUACAGCACGGAGCGAAUGGUUGCCCUAAGCCAGCAUGGUCAAAAUACUUGAGCUUUUUAAAAAGCAAAUCUUUUGCCGAACUAACUAAGCCAACAUAUGUGAAUCCUGCUACUUUAAAAAUGAUGGAUGAAGAAGUUGUCGAAACACCCGUUGAUCGUGAUGAUCGAAAGCCACAUCCCAAAAUCCAUACAGUUUUCUCCACGGAAUGCACGCCAUACUUUGAUUGGCAAACUGUAGGACUUAUGCACAGUUUUCAUUUGAGUGGACAGCCUGGAAAUAUUACGAGGUUACUGAGCUGCAAUGACGAGGAUUUAAGGAAGUAUAAAGGCCAAGAUCUGGCUCCUACACAUUAUGUUCCCUCAAUGAGUCGGCAUCCGUUAACAGGAGAUUGGUACCCAGCAAUUAAUAAACCAGCUGCAGUUCUUCAUUGGCUUAAUCAUGUAAAUGUUGAUGCUGAAUACAUAGUGAUUCUUGAUGCUGAUAUGAUCAUGAGAGGACCAAUCACACCGUGGGAAUUCAAAGCUUCUCGUGGACAUCCUGUUUCAACUCCUUACGACUACCUUAUUGGUUGUGACAAUGAACUUGCAAAAUUACACACUAGCCAUCCUGAGGCUUGCGACAAAGUUGGUGGUGUAAUCAUUAUGCAUAUAGAUGAUCUCCGGAAAUUCGCUAUGCUAUGGCUGCAUAAAACAGAGGAGGUUCGAGCUGAUAGAGCUCAUUAUGCAAGAAAUAUAACAGGAGACAUAUAUGAAUCAGGGUGGAUCAGUGAGAUGUAUGGGUACUCAUUUGGUGCGGCUGAGUUGAAACUGAAGCAUACAAUAAGCAAUGAGAUACUGAUAUACCCGGGAUAUGUUCCUGAACCGAACGUCAAAUAUAGAGUUUUUCAUUAUGGAUUGCGAUUCAGUGUUGGGAAUUGGAGCUUCGACAAAGCAGAUUGGCGGGUGGUUGACGUGGUCAACAAAUGCUGGGCCAAGUUCCCAGACCCACCGGAUCCCUCAACUCUUGAUCAAGCUAAUAAGGAGAAUUUACGGCGAGACAUGCUCAGCAUAGAAUGUGGAAAAACCCUAAAUGAAGCACUUGAACUUCACCACAAGAAAAAGUGUCCUAGUGCUGAUUCCAUAUUGAUAUCAAAAGGGGAUGAGAAAACAGAAGAAAGUGGAACUUCAAGGGAAAUCGGCAACACCGAUGGAACUAUUGAUUCAGUAACCAAUCGCGUUGCGACAAACCAUUCAGAGGAAUUGGCAAGUGUUCAGAAAGAGGAAUUGCCAAGUGUUCAGAAAGAUGAGAUACCGAGUUCUUUCAGGUUUUGGGUGGUAUUUUUAUGGGCGUUUUCUGGAUUCGGUUUUUUGGUCGUCAUUUUUGUGGUGUGUUCGGGUCAUAGAAGAAGAGGAACAAGGAUGAAACAUCAUAGUAGAAGGAGAAGAAGCAUGCAUUCAGGAUUUAUGGAAAGCAAUGGACGCGACCGGCACGGCCGUGAUGUUGAUUUGUAAACAAUGUGAUGCUCGGAUGCUCCUUUUCAUUCUCCCGGCGUAAAGGUGAAUUCGUCUGAAUUUUAAGACUGCCAUGCAGGGAUCACACAAGGUUAGAACUUAGAGAGCAUGUUUCUUGGGUGAGUAUGUGUGUGAAAUCAUUCUACAAAGCAAGCCAGUCUGAGAGUUCUGAGGUUUGGAUAAUACUGAGAAAUUUGUGAAGGGAUCUUCUUUUUCUUUAAUUUGAGAUUGCUUGUAUUAUUUUGUAUCUAAAAAUCAUAAGGUCUUAGCAGUGUAGAACAAGAUACUGAAACCUACCCCUGCAAACUCAAAUUGGAUGUUACUACGACAGUUUAAUCUUGUAUACUUUCAUGAGGUGUCAACUCAGUGAUAAGAGUUUGACCUGACCUUAAGAGAAGGAAUUCAAAUUUCAUCGGAGACAUUUGUAAAAUGAUCAUUAGUAUUAAUUACGUUAUAAUAAUUUCUCU